UGACGGCCCAGCUUCCGCAUCCGCUUGGCCGCCGCCGGCCUGCAGGAUGUGGCGCGUCGCUGCCGGCGUGGUGCUGCUGGCCGUCGGUCUGUUCUUCCUGCAUCCCACCUGCCGCCUGGAAGCUCCACAAAUACUCACACGGUUCCUCUCACACAGUCUGGCCCGCAGCUCCGCUCAACAGCCGCUGGAACAGCUACUGGCCGAGGCCUGGGAUUCCAUGAUCAGACCGCCCAAUGUGGGCUGGACCAGGGUGGCCGUGGGGGUAAAUGCCUGUGUGGAUGUGGUGGUGUGCGGCGUUGGACUUUUAGAAGCUCUGGGCUUGGUCCCUGGGACACAAGAGGAUCAUGACACACUGCAGUCGCAAGAAGAUCUGAGGGAAACUUUCUCCUAUUUCAUGGAGAAAGGAGUUGCAGCUGAACGAUUCUUCGCUGACAAGGAACUGUUUCAGAACAUUGCUGCUGCUGCAUCGCAGUACCCAGGAGCUAAGCACUUUGUCGGUGGAAAUGCUGCUCUUAUUGGUCAGAAGCUGGGCUCAUCUGGGAACCUGUCGGUACUACUGUGUGGGCCUGUGGGUCCCAAGCUUCAUGAACUCUUGGACGAUCAGAUUAUUAUUCCACCGGAAUCUCUGCAGGACAAGGAUGAGUUCCAUCUCAUUCUGGAAUACCAUGCUGGAGAAAACUGGGGGGAAAUCAACGCACCCAAUGCCAAUCGCUUCAUCUUCUCCCACGAUAGAUCAAAUGCAGAGAUGAAAAUGCUGGAGACUCUUGUAUUAAAUGUGAAGGACUUUGAUCCCGAACUAAUUGUUCUGUCGGGGUUACACAUGAUGGAGGGACAGGAAGAAGAAGAGCGAGAUAGGAGGCUCCAAGAGGUUACUGAGUUAAUCUCGGAGAUCCCCAAUGAAAUCUCCGUGCACCUGGAGUUGGCCAGCAUGACAGACACAGACUACAUGAACGCGAUUGUGGAACAGCAGGUUCUUACUAUUGUGAACUCGAUUGGCCUGAAUGAGCAGGAACUCUUGUUCAUCAGUCAGGCUGGUUCAGGGCCUCACAGUACACAGGAGUUUUGGAAUGGAGCCCCUGAUGUUGGAAUGGUCAGUGAUAUCAUCUUCUGGCUCCUUAAAGAGUAUGGGCAAACAGAUCAGAACAAGGAGUCAGAUUUAACGCGCAUUCAUUUUCACACCCUGACCUACCACAUGAUAGCGGUCAUCAACGGUCACUGGAGCAACCAAAACUCGUCUGUGGCAGCUGGUGCAAGAGUUGCUGGCAGUCAAGCAUGUGGCACUGACACCAUCGAUCCCACUAAAGUGGUUCUCAAAUCCCCCAUGCAAUUCGUUCUGUCACAAAUGGACAAAACAUUGAAUGCAAAGAAAAUGACAUUGAGUCCGACCAACCCUGUGGGCGUAUGGCAUCGAGAAAACAUCUCCUUUUUCAUCACUCCGGUGAUGGUUUGCAUUGACCCAGUCAGGACUGUGGGAUUAGGAGAUAGCAUCUCUGCAGAAGGCCUGUUGUAUUCUGGGCGGCUGUGACUUGAUUCUGGACGUCUAUGUUCAACAAGACAGAGUCAAACUUGACUGUGUAUUAAUGUCAAACUCUGUGUAGGAAUGGGUCUUUGAUUGGGGACAGUUGUGAUAAAUGGUCACGGGUUAGAGCAGAGAGAAAGGGUGGCAGAUAUUAGUGUGGGGUGCUUGCUCUUUUUAAUCCUGGGUGUGUGUAAAAGCCAGCAAAACAAAAUAACGCUGUUUUUAUUUACACAAUGUCUUAUACCUUGCUGUAUUCUGAAUAUCAAAUAUUUUCUGUCAGGGGAAUAUGUAUGCUUUUUUUUUUUGAUGUUUGUGGUUGACGUAUUCAAUACUGUGUCUGGGUAUGUGAGGAUGCAGAGUGGCAGACUGGUCAUUAUUACACUGCAACUGGAUUUUUAUCCAUCUCCAUAUUUUGGAUCAUUUCCUCUGGGCAGUGUUUCACAUGCAAAAAGGUUGCGGUUUAAAAUCUAUUCCUUGUCUGCAGGAAUUUACAUACCAAAGCUUGCCUAAUUCAAUAUCAAUCGCAAAAUGCAGUAUGUGAGAAUUGUAAAACCGUGGUGGGAGGGGAAUUCCUGCAUUGUUGCUAUCGAGGGCCAGGUGAACAGUAAUUGCCUCACUUAUUUACUACACCAAUAUUGCUACUGCUAUUAAUCAAGAGAAACAGAGGCACCGACUCUGCUGCAGUAAGUGUCAGACGUGUUUCCAGACAUUGCUUUCUCCCUUCUCCCAGGCUGAAUGGGGAAGGCAUGGAUUUGGAAUGGUACCACGCUUACAAUUUGAAACAUUCAAUUUACUGUCACUGGUCCCUAGUCCCACCUGUCACCUCUCUUUAGAUACUGAUCAGUUAUGCUUUAGUGCGUUUUGUUCAGUUCGGUGGGUUAAUAACUUCAAACAGAAUGGAUUUUUCUAUUGCAUCAAAUUAUUAAUUCAGAGCGACAGCCACAUUUUGAAAUAGCAUUCUCCCAAAAUUCCUAUUUAUUUCAAGAGGACUGGGUGUAUAAAGAAUGCUUGAAGGGGAAGGGAGGUUAGGUGCUAAUUUGCAGCUUUUUCAUGAAGGCAGGUGUAAGGAGCUGUUUGUGAUCAUGAUUCUGAUUUAGCUCUCUGGUUUGCACGAUAUAACAAAAUGUAGUUCUGCAAAGUAAAACUCCGCUAGUAGUUAGAGGCUUGUGCAUGACCUAAUCUUUGCUGAAUUUGCUGACAAGAGAUGCAACAUUAGUUGGAUCAAUGGCUGGGAAGAUUGAGAGGAUGCUGUGAGGGCUCCACUGCACACUCAAGAGCCCUUGGUGCAAAAUCUACAGCCUUGUGAGGCAGCAAUACUGAGUAGUUUCCUGAGCCUACUGUUGGGGCUGCCAUGUAGAGAAUGGACAGUUGCACUUGGGAUUGUACGGUGGUGGGAGGGAGUGUGUAGGGUUGGAAAUAUCUUGCAUUGAAAUCCCCACCCAAUGUCGAGUAGGAAAAUUAGACAGGCAUUUAAAGAUGAGUUGGAAAUGUGAUAUUUCUCCUUCAUUCUCGCUGGGGGUGAGUCGUCUGAGUGAGGGCAAAGUCUAAAGCAGGCAGCUGACUGAGUCUGUUCAAAUCUUCCACCUCUGCUCGGAAACAGCCUUCUCUCAAAUGUCAUUGAACCAAAUGUUGUGACAUACUGGGGCAUAAAUUCUGUUAAUUCUUUAGUUUGAUUGGAACUUAGUUGUAUUAUUACUGGUGG